ACGUCACUUAUCGAAGUUGUAAUAGGUAAGCGUUAACGCCUCUCUCGAAUUGAGAAUCGAUGACAAUGGGAGACUGUUUCCAAAGUGGAGGCAGUGCGAGGGAAAAAGCAAAGGGAGGAAGCUCGUACGACCUGCAGCGCGGUGAUUGGAGUGAGUGAGUGAUUCUAAGUGGGUGAGUGAUAUCGUUGCUGUGACCCACAGUAUGAUGUGAUCGGGCACGGCAUGAUGAUUGAACAGUAUGGAUGAGGGUAGAGGAAUCGAUGAGUAACGGUCAAUUAAAUUAACCAUGGUAGUAGCGAUGGGACUGAUUAGGAGACGACGAUGCUGUAGCGCGGUGUAUUUUGUUUUUGACCUGUGAAUUGAAGAGGAACUUGAUGCUGAAUUUGAGGAUGUGACCGGUGGAAUUGAAUCAGCUGAGAUGGCAUGGUGUUGUCACCCGCUUCUAGUUAUUGCACACAUGUUGGUGGUUUUGGGCAGGGAAACGGAAACCUACAAAAAGCCAAUUCUCACUCAAUUGGCACUCGUCUGUGGAACUUACUUCACUUGUACGUAACCAAUCGUACCGAUCGGAGGUGCUGGGAUUUGAAUCGGUACUUUGCGGGAGCCACAAGUGGCUGCGUCUGUCCUGUCGAGAUGUUUGCAUGCGGCCUCACGGUCGUACUGUGGGUGGCAACUUUUCUCCACCCAGGCGCCUGCGAAGCCACAAACGUCACCGCGGCGGCGGGGACGCGCGCCGUCCUGCCGUGCCGCCGCACGCCGUGGCCCAGCGACUGGAAGAUCGAGGAGGCCAAGUGGUUCCACUCGGGGAGCCACGGCGCCCAGCUGGUACUCAACUCCGUGCGGGGCUUGACCAGCGAGGACGGUCGCUCGGCCCUCCGGGGUCAGCUAGACGAGGGCGACGUCUCGCUGCACGUGGAGCGGCUGAGGCUGCGGGACGCGGGUCACUAUCGGUGCCAGGCGAAGAUGAGCAAGUGGUGGUGGACGCGCCAGCGGCGCGUCUUCGUUUGCAACGUGAUGCUCGCCGUCACCCCGGAUGAGGGGGAGGCGCUCGAUCCGGACGCCACCUCGCAGGAGAAUCCCGCGACCACGACCCCACGAGGAGGUGGGGUGGACGUUGCGGUGGGGUUGGCUGUCGAGUGUGCAGGCGGUGCGACUGCACUGGGACCCAAGGAGCGGAGAGUGACGGAUGCCACGGCUGAGUUCACCAUACGCCUCGCUGCGUCUGGCGACGGCGGGCAGCCUGGCAGCUGGUGUGCGCUGGUGCUGCUGGUGCCGGCCGUCAUGUUCGUGGGCUCGACGGUGGCGCUCGUCGUCUGGCGCUGCAGAGUGAACCGGAGGAAUAUGGCGAAGGGCGGCAAGGUCGGGCAUGCCACCGCGCCAGCAAUCGGCGGCCGGGGUCCGUCCGCGAUGAGUGGCGACCGGGGAAUUUACGAGUAAAUUGAGUGGGAGAGCAGCAGCCAGGCGGAGGGGAAAGGCGCAUGGACGGGGCCCACAUGAGGCCUGAGCCAGCAGUGAGCCAAACCAAGGCCACGUGACCAGGGCCAUCCAUAGUGGUGGGGUUGCGGGGCCCAGACCAACUCGCACGGUGUGCCCACCCCCCCCGUAAUAUAUCAGACACCGUGACGUCAAAGCACAUCCCCCUCCCACCCUCCAAAGCACGGGGCCCUGGGCGGUUGCCCUGAUUUGGGACGGCUUUGCACGUGACCUCCCAAACAGCACGCGGCUGCUCCCACAGAUUUGAAACCCAGCUACGAAUAACCUCGUCCCGCAGACGUCGCUCGCUCGCCACGUUUAGCACGAUUCUUAUUUUCUAUUUAUAGAGCGCCUUAGCUCGAGGCGUAAUGUUAACUUACAUUGGGGUCUUCAAUUGUAAAAAAAAAAACCACACACAUUUUUAAAGCAACGUGAUAAGAAGAGGAUAAAAACACCACUGGAAAUCACGAUGACGACGCUCUAUAAAACUAACAUAUUAUCACUUGCAUUAUUGUUGUUAAUUUUCCGAGGUCACUCCAGUGGACACGUUAAUUCGCACUUCGCCUCGCAGCGUGUUGGCCGCAUGCCAUUAAACAAAAGUAUAUUUAACAUAAACAUAAUGAUGGAAGCGGCGUACGAAAAUAAAAAAUGUUGCGGAUGAC